AUGGUUAGUGUCCUCCAUUGUGCUGAACAUAAUCAUGAUCUUAGUAGUCCAAGCAAAAGACGAUUUUUUAAAAGCUCAAGAGAAUUACCGCCACAUGUUAAAAAGAGGUUAGCAACAAAUGAUAUAGCUGGAAUAAGACCAAAAAAGAAUUUCAAUUCCUUUGUGGUUGAAGCUGGUCGACAUGAGAAUUUAACAUUCCUAGAGAAGGAUGUGAGAAAUUUUCUUGAUAAUGUAAGGCAUCUACGACUGGGGGAGGCAGAUGCUGCUGCUAUUCAAAAGUAUUUUCUGAAAAUGCAAGCUGACAACUCCAAUUUCUUUUAUAUAAUGGAUAUAAAUGAGGAGGGUCGACUAAGGAAUGUGUUUUGGGCAGAUGCAAGAAGUAGAGCUGCUUACAAGGAAUUUGGUGAUGUUGUGACAUUUGACACCACAUACUUAACAAAUAAGUAUGACAUGCCAUUUGCACCUUUUGUAGGUGUCAAUCAUCAUGGGCAAUCAAUAUUACUAGGAUGUGGAUUGAUUUCUCAUGAGGAUACAGAUACAUUUACAUGGUUAUUCCAGUCCUGGCUUACAUGUAUGUCUAAUCAUGCUCCUAGUGCAAUCAUUACAGAUCAAGAUAAAGCAAUGCAAAGAGCAAUUGGGAUUGUCUUUCCUUUUACACGACAUAGGUGGUGCUUGUGGCAUAUAAUGAAGAAGAUUCCAGAGAAAUUGAAAGGCUACAAAGAGAAAUACGAGUCUAUCAAGUUUUCUUUUCAAAAUAUUGUUUACGAUUCACUAAAUUGUGAUGAAUUUGAAGAUCGUUGGAAGGUGUUCGUUGAAAAGUAUAACCUUCAGAAUAAUGAAUGGUUAUUGGGAUUAUAUGAGAAGAGGCGAAGAUGGGUACCUAGUUUUGUGAAAGACACUUUCUGGGCAUGCAUGUCUACAACUCAACGUAGCGAGAGCAUAAAUGCAUUCUUUGAUGAGUAUGUAAACUCAAAGACUACAUUGAAGCAGUUUGUGGAGCAAUAUGAGAAUGCUUUACGAGAUAAAGUUGAGAAACAGAGUCUUGCAGAUUUUCAGUCUUUCAAUUCAAAGAUUCCGUGUUUCACAAUGUAUAAUAUUGAGAAACAAUACCAUGAUGCUUACACAAAUGCAAAGUUCAAAGAGUUUCAGAAAGAGCUAGAAGGAAAGAUGCAUUGUGGCAUAUCAUCAUCUGAAAGGAAUGGUACAAUUAUAGAUAUCACUGUGGAUGAAGAUGUAAAGAUCGAUACAGAAAUGAGACGUGUCCCAUUCAUAGUUCAUUUCAAUGAGGACAUACAGGUGUGA